AAAUGUCUCUUCUCGCGAGAACUAUUUUAAGCCUUCGCGCCCUGAGCGAGGGAGCGAGGCAAAGGCUGUGGGUGGAUGGGGCUCCCGCCCUCGCGCCGCGCGGCGGUUUCUCGGAGAAUUUCGCUUGUGACGGUGGUGGCUGUACAAAAUGAGGCGGAUAGAGAACUUGACAGAGAAAAUGGGAGGCUGGCCGUCCACGAUCAGGAAGCCAGACCAGAAGGAUCCAGUACCCACUAGGCUUCCCCCUAUUUUCUCAGAAGAUGGGAAUUAUUCCGUGCACCAAAAUAGCCACACAAAGUACCACGAAGCUGUUAGGAAGGUAUCGUUAAAGACAUUCCCUAAUCAGGUCUUCAGGGUCCCCCUGACUGAUGCUCAGAACUUCAGCUUCUGGCGGUCCAACGCUGCAGGAGUGUGCCCAGAAGAGACCACGCCAUGGAUCCGGAACCCCCGCCACUGCCUCAUCAAAAGCGCAAUGACCAGGUUUAUGGAUCACUCUAUUCUCAAUGACAGAAACUUCAGUCUGUAUUGAGCAGGAUGUGUUUGCAGAAGAACAAGAUAGUACUGUGGAUGGAGCGAUGAAGAGGGUGGUGUCCUGGUUCCAGUGGCUGACUAAUGGGAAGAGGGGACUGAGAAAGUGCAAUAAACAGACGGAUCUAGAAGUAA